AUGUCGUCCUUCGUCGCCAUUGAUCACUUUGCCAAGGCAACAUUGACAGCCAUCCCACCUGAUGAAAAGCCUACCUACAAUAGCUUGAAAACCAUCCACCAAGAACUCAAUGACAAUGCCAUGGCCAUCAAUUCCACUCUCGGUGGAGGACACUACGGCCACCUAAGACUGGUCCUUCCCCCAAUCAAGUACAAUGACUUACCCAACACCAUCCCGUGGGUCAAUCCACUCCACCCUGGAGAAGCACCCGUCCAUGGAGUGGCACCUACAGGCCCCCAAAUCACUGAAACCAACAGAGUCUAUGCAGCCAAUGAGACAAAAUUCCUCAUCUACAGAGCUACUGAAACCGCACUCAAGAAACAACUCAUCGAAGCGGUGCCAGACACAUUCAUCAAGACACUCAAACAUGACAUGUAUGGGUACGCACAAGUCACGGUCAUAGCCAUGCUCAACCACCUAGAUAGAACCUAUGGAACAGUUGGUCCACAAGACCUCAGCGACAACAUGAAACGAAUGACGGCCGAGUGGAGCCCCACUCAGCCAAUCGAAGACCUUUACAAUCAAGUCAAGGACGCACAGAAAUUUGCGGCCGACCAUGACCCAAUCACGGACAAACACGCAGUACGUGCAGCAAUUGACAACCUUGAAAACAGCGGUGUAUUCACCAAUGCGAAGGAAAUGGAAGAACAAGAAUUCACCCACAUGGAACGCCACUUCAACGCUGCCGACAAGGAACGCCGUCGAAUCCUAACAACCAAGGAGAUGGGAUUUGCCAACAAGGCGAUCGAAAAAAGCAACACCAAUACUACCCCAAACGUCAACCCUGGUCAUCGAUCCGAUGCCAAUGGCGACAACAUGCAUGGCGGAUGUUGCAUCAUCCGCCGCCGCGCUGGAGAAAAGGCUGUCUAUCGACGCCCAGCUCGCCAGAACAAUGACGAAAACCAACCUCCUCCAGCCCAAGGAUGA